ACCUAUGGACGGGACAUGUCCGGGCAUCAGUGUGCACUUUCGUGCGACGACUCAUUGUUAGUGGGAGCCAGACUGGUGUCGUCAUGAGUAUCAACUGAGGGUGGGACAUGCGUGUCAUGUAUGUAGCUGAGUAAUGGUAGUAACCCCCCCCCCAUCCGGAUCUGUGUGGUAAUGGUGACCAUGAUGGGAGCCUGUCAGGCCGGUCAGUCGUGUUGAUGAGCAGAGCACAGGUGGUGAGUCAGCGGAUCAUGCUCAGACAUGCACUGUGUGUGCCAGGGAUCUAGCCCUGACUUGUCUGCACUCGCACCAAUAAAUGCACAUCGACUGCUCCACACAGCACUUUAUAUAGGGAGCCCAGCUCCUGCACCACAGCACUUUACAUAUUCGAGGCAAACGUGCAAUAUGAAUGCAUCAUCUACAAAUGCAGAUUGUAUAGAAAAUUCUUCUAUCAUGGGGUCAGACAAAGAAACACUGGUUAAACCAAAUCCACUUCUGUUGCAUCUGUUAAAAUCUGCUGGUGCCCAGAAGGAUACCUUUACAAUGAAAGAGGUUAUUUACCAUCUUGGUCAGUACAUUAUGGCCAAGCAGUUGUAUGACGAGAAGCAACAGCAUAUUGUCCACUGCUCUAAUGAUCCUCUGGGAGAACUAUUUGGGGUACAGAACUUCUCUGUAAAAGAACCAAGGAGGCUGUAUGCAAUGAUUUCGAAAAAUCUAAUAACUGCUGAGUCACAAGAGUCCUUGGGAGACCUAUUGUAUGGCAAAGACAAGUGUACUUUAGAAACACAGAGCUCUCAGCAGGUGUCCUCUCCUGAACUGCAAGAGAAGUUAAACUCAGCUGCCACUGCAUCGUGUUCAAAGAAAGGCAACAGUGACUCUGAAGAAAAUUCUUCAAAUGAACAACCAGCAGAACAACAGAGAAGGCGCCAUAAGUCAGACAGUAUUUCAUUAACCUUUGAUGAAAGCCUUUCGUGGUGGGUGAUAAGUGGCUUACGGUGUGAUAGAAAUAACAGUGAUUCAACAGAUGCCUCUUCUAAUGCUGAUCAUCCUGCACAUUCAGAUCCUGAUUGGCUAGACCAAGAUUCUGACUCUGACCAGUUCAGCGUGGAAUUUGAAGUAGAAUCUGUAUAUUCGGAUGAUUACGCCCCGAGUGGAGAUGAACAGGCGCUUUCAGAUGCUGAUGAUGAUUUAGAUGAUGAGGUGUAUCAAGUAACCAUAUACCAAGCUGAGGAGAGCAAUGCUGAUUCGUUUGAAGAUGAUACUGAAAUUUCAGAAGCUGACUAUUGGAAAUGUUCUAAAUGUAGUGAGAUGAAUCCUCCCAUCCCGAGAUACUGUCACAGGUGUUGGUCACUUCGAAAGGGCUGGCUUCCUGAUGAGAACGAGAAAAAAGCUAAUUCCCUAAAGAGGAAAGAGAUGGAAGAUUCUCAGGAUGAUGAGGGUUUUGAUGUUCCUGAUGGCAAAAAGGCAAAAUUAGCAGAUUCACAAGAAUCAAACCUAGAAAAGAAGGAAGAUGAAGUCUUACAAAGUUCAGAAUCCCAGGAGACUGAGGACUUCUCCCAGCCAUCCACGUCGGGUAGCAUGGCUUCCUGUAGUCAAGAGGAGAUCAGAGAGAGUGAGCGAGAGCAAUCCUUUGAAGAAAGCUCAGAAAAGAGCUUGCCAUUGACCAGCAUAGAGCCUUGCGUCAUUUGUCAGACGAGGCCGAAAAAUGGAUGUAUUGUCCAUGGCAGAACAGGACACCUCAUGGCAUGCUUUAGCUGUGCAAAGAAACUGAAGAAAAGGAACAAGCCUUGUCCUGUCUGUAGACAGCCCAUCCAAAUGAUUGUGCUAACCUACUUCAGCUAAUAUGGAACUUUUAACUAUUAAAAAAUAAUCUGGAAUAUUUAAAUGAAAACAUUUGUAUCCUAUAGUUAUACAGAAUAUAUAUAUAUAUAUAGUAUUUUUCCUUGACAGGAGAGUGGACUCUCAAACUGCAAUACUUAUUUGGCAUAUCAGUUGUGGUUUAAUGAAGAAUUCUAGUAAGCAGCUUUAUUUAAGAACAUGCAAGUAAUUUAAACCUUAUUUUGUAAAUUAGGCACAGUUCUGCAUAUUUUCUUUUUUUUAUCCGUUCUAUA